GGAGAUUGUAUGCGCGACUCGCAAGGUAUCACCUUGAAGGCUUGAACUCCCCUACAUCCGCCAUCCUCGAUCGAUAUGUCUGGUAAUCCUGACUCCAACCGUGAUCCCGGCGAGAGAGCCUCAGACAACAUAGACCCCGCCCUUCAACACGAUUCCGAGCCCAGUGCUUCCGAUAACUCUGAUCGAUCCUCCUCAGAAGAUUCCUCAGAGGAUGUCGACUAUCAGACCGCUUGGAAGGAAGACUUGAUCAACGCCUUCGAUGCCAUCACCACUCCCGGGACAUUUGCUGCGUGGGAGGCGCUUCCGACUACCCCUCCUGCUGGACUCUAUGUUGAUGGAGUUGGCGAGAUCGCGAUGCCUCUUGGCAAGGAACAGGUCCAACAGCUAAUCGCCAAGGCCCAUCAAGCUCCCUUUGGCCGCAGAAGCGAGACACUCGUGGAUCUCUCCGUCCGCAACACUUGGGAACUUAAUGGGGAUCAGUUGCGCUUUCUUGACCCCGCCUGGCAAAGCUAUCUGCUCGACUUGAGCAAGCGUGUCGCCACUAGUCUAGGCGUCCAAGGGCUGAUUCGAUUAGAGCUGUACAAGAUGCUCAUCUACGAAAAAGGGGCCAUGUUUAAACCCCAUACCGACACGGAAAGGACUCCGGGCAUGUUCGGCACUCUGAUAAUCUGUUUGCCAUCAAUGCAUGUGGGCGGUGAAGUGGUUGUAAAGCACAACGGCGAAUCCAAGACGUUAAGAACAUCGGACGCAGCUCAAUCUUUUGCUUGCUGGUACUCAGACGUGACUCAUGAGGUCCUACCUGUCAAAUCUGGAUAUCGAUGUGUCUUGACCUACAACCUGGCCAUCAAGCCCGGUCUCGCCCGACCAGCAGCAAGUGCACUUGACCCGCAAAAGAAACCACUCCGAAAAACGCUUCAACGCUGGCUGAAAGACUUGACUAAUGACAGCUCAAACGAUCCGCCCAGCCAUGUUUACCAUGCCCUCGAUUACGAAUACACUGAAGCUGCCAUGUCCUUCAAGGCACUCAAGGCUGAAGACUUCGCGCGGGUACAGGUAUUACGAGACCUUGCGGACGAGCUCCCUUUUGAAAUCUUCCUAGCGCUCUUAGAAAAGAAAGCGUCUGGGCCUGUUGAGUCAGAUUGGGGCGGUAGACAUAGCUACAAACGCUCUAGAUAUGACUUUGAUGACGAUGAUGAUGGUAGCAAUUCCGGUCACCAUACCAUCGAUGAAACCGAGACUGAUUAUACGAUCAAGUCACUCCGCGCACUCGAUGGCACAACGAUUGCCAGUAAUUACGACUUUGACAUGGACUUUUGCUCGGAGGAAGAUCCCUUUCAGGAUUUAGAAAUUGCCAGGGAAGAUUAUGAAUCAUAUCAGGGGAAUUGGGGCCCUUCUGCCACCCAUUGGUAUCGUCGUUCAGCUCUCGUUAUUGUUCCACACAAAUGCCUAGCAGAGUAUCUGGCAGAAUGCGCAUCCGACAGCAAAAGUACAAACCCAGCUCUACUCUACCUAGACCACGUCUGUUUGCGGCCUUCAGCUAGCAAACCAAUGCUUGAUUCAUUGGCUGAUCUCUGUAAAAAGCAAUCCAACAAGCCCCUGCCGCCGGGGACGAUAAGAAACAUCCUGAAGGCUUCCUUUCAGCACUCUCACUUUGCGCUAUUCCAAGCAAUUGCAGGCCUCCACCAAGGGCAUUUGCCACUUGAUUUUUUUGACUGGGCAAAGGAAUGGCUUCAGACGCUUCCAGAUGUAGAUCGUGCUGAGAAGUACCAGCAAUGGUAUCCAUCACUCAUUCACAGCUUUCCGUCUGUGGCAGAUCGCAUCAGCAUCAUUGAGAAGGUCUCAAAUCCCACCAGUAACAUUGCUCCAUUAGAUGGAGCACCUACAAGCAAAGCCUGGGUGCAAGACCUGACCCGCCAAUGUGUCACAAAGUUGCUCGAGGACAACAUAAUACCGACUGCUGCGGAUGGAAAUGCAAUUGUGUCUGCUGUAUUUAAUCUCAACGAAACAUUGACCAACACGUCCGCUCUUCUCACAUCGAUUUUUGACCGGUUUCCUCAACCCGAAGCAGUUGCAUUCUUGCUUGGGUUCCUUUCUCAGCUUAAGACUCUUGCUGAAGGCGUGGCACAUUUCCCGACUUUGGAAAACGUAGAGUUGCGUAAAAAUCUGAGCUCACGUGUUUUUAACCGCCAGAGGACACCCUCCAGUGUCAUUACCCGCGCAAAGGGCAAGUCAGCAUCUGAAAUUGGACGAGUGGUCACUCCUCGAGCUCUCGCCAAAUAUGCCUGCGAUCUCAACAGCCUGAGCACCGAUACUGCAGAUUUACUAGAGCCAUUUGUCCAACAAAUCAAUGAACACUGUCCCAAAUUCACAGCUCAAGACAUGCAGAAGCUCUGGAUGCCGUUCCUAUAUCGACUUAUUCCAGCUCUGGUCUCUCGAUCAAUUCAACUCAACCAGCCCUGCCACCAACAGCUUGCACGUCAAUUUAUAAAGCGCUACAGUGACACGACCCUUGGCGCGUGCCCUAAUCCAGACAUUAUCAGCCGACAAAGCCCUCAAGUGCGUUGCACAUGUUUAGACUGUAUGGAGCUCAACAGAUUCCUCCGAAAUCCUUCUCAGCGCGUUUGUCGGUUCAAAGCCACCAGAUCUGAGCGUUUUCACCUACACCAGCAAAUCGAGGGAGCCAAUAUUGACUGCACUCACGUGACCGACCGGACUGGAUACUCUGAGACCCUCGUCGUCACCAAACGUUCUAGCUUGCAGGACGAGGUCAACGGAUGGAAGAAACGACAAAAAGAACUCUACUUUGAGAUCUGUAAUAAAAUUCAACCGGACCACCUCGAAAGCUUGGUUGGUCCUCAAGAGGCUGCUAACCUUCGGAUUCUAGCAGGACUCCGACCAGUAGCUGCUACAUCUGCACCAAUAGUGAUUGACCUAACUUAACAGAAGUCACAUCAUGGAAGUUGUGGUGUAGUAAUGGUGCUGGUGGGGCAGCUGCCCCUGCUCCGUGUCGGAUUUCUAGACCAUCCAUUGGAGCGACUUUGUAUGCUUUGUUUCUUUUUGUUCUUGUUGCUCAUCUACCAGUGAUCUUAGUGAGGCCUUAUGCCCAUAUACACACAACAGUUGGUUUUUCUCUCUAUAGCAUAUAGCAUUGGCUUUGUUUCUUUUUGCUCUUGUUACUCAUCCACCGGUGAUCUUAGUAAGGCCUUAUGUCCACAUACACACAACAGUUUGCUUUUCUCUCUAUAUUUUUUCCUUCUUAGAGCAACUCCACCGCGGGCGCUAAAUCGGGUCCCUAGUUGGAAUUUACCGACCCAACAUGAGCCACCGCGGCCGCUGUUUGAGUCUCAAAUCUACGGC